ACUAAACCGCGCGCCAUGCUCCUCCUCAGAUCCCACCACCUGCUCCUCCCCCACGCCGCCUGCCUCCUCCUCCGCCGCGCCGCCGCCGCUCCCCUGCCCCGCGCCGCCGCCGCCGCCCGCCUGCGCCCGCUCCGGAUGUCGACCUCCAAUUCCAGCGCCAGCGCCAGCUCCCCCGCCGCCCCGUCGCCGCCCCCCGCGGGGGUGCCCAAGUCGAGGAUCCCCUUCUGCCCAGCGUGCGGGAGCCCGACGAAACUGGCCGUGCCGGAUGGGGACGAGAAGAUGAGGGCCGUGUGCUCGUCCUGCGGAAGAGUUCACUACGAGAACCCCAAAAUGGUUGUUGGGUGCCUCGUGGAGCAUGAGAACAAGGUCCUACUUUGCAGAAGAAAGAUCGAGCCAGCUUAUGGCCUUUGGACUCUUCCUGCUGGUUAUUUGGAGGUUGGAGAGUCUGCAGCACAAGGAGCCUCCAGGGAAACACUGGAAGAAGCUUGUGCAGAUGUGGAGAUAGUCUCCCCUUUUGCUCAGCUGGAUAUUCCGCUGAUUGGCCAAAGUUACAUUAUUUUCCGAGCAAGAAUGAAGACCCCAAAUUUCUCACCUGGAGUCGAGUCGCUAGAAUGUGCACUUUUUGCUCUAGAUGAUAUACCCUUUGAUUCUCUAGCAUUUUCUUCAAUCAUCGUCACCCUGAGAAUGUAUAUUGAAGAUGUCAAGUCUGGAAACAUCAAAUUCCAUUACUGCACUAUAAACAAGAGGAUCGGAGCCGGAGCUUCAGAUCUCCGCAGUUUCGAUAUCGACAACCAUUUAGCAGUGUGAGCUUGUGCAAGUUUCAAG